AUGUUCAGCUUCCUCCCAUGCUUCAAAACCCGGCGACAACACACCAAAUCCCAAACUCAAUCCCAAAAGCAAAUAGAGGAAAAAGCCAACGCCAUAGAAUCCCUUCCGUCAUGGCACUCCCCUACGGAAAACACGCUUCUCUUUCAAGCCUUCGAAUGGCACGUCCCUACCACCCCCAACACCCCAGAUAAGCGCAGCCACUGGCGCCGACUCCAGCAUGCCCUGCCCGCUAUCCACUCCCUCGGUGUAACCACCAUCUGGAUCCCACCGGGAUGCAAGGGCAUGGAUGCCAACGGCAACGGGUAUGAUAUCUACGAUUUAUAUGAUCUGGGGGAGUUUGAUCAGAAGGGAGCGGUGGGGACGAAAUGGGGUACGCGCGCGGAAUUAGAGGAUCUGGUAAGGGAGGCGAGUGCCCUGGACGUAGGGAUAUUAUGGGAUGCGGUGUUAAAUCAUAAGGCUGGAGCGGAUGGUGUGGAGAGGUUCGAGGGUGUGAGGGUUGGUGAUGAUCGACGAGAUAUUGAAGAUGGUGAUCCCCAAGAAAUUGCAGGCUGGACAUCUUUCACCUUCCCCGGCCGGGGCACCACCUACAGUCCCCUGCAAUACCACUGGCACCACUUCUCUGGAGUAGACUGGGACGACGCCCACCAACGCAAAGCAAUCUACAAGAUCCUGGACCCUUCCCGGCCGGACAAGAACUGGGCUCAGGAUGUCGGCACAGAUGAGAACGGCAACUACGAUUACCUCAUGUUCGCGGAUCUGGAUUACUCGCACCCAGAGGUUCGGGAGGAUGUGCUGCGCUGGGCGAAAUGGAUUAUGUCUGUGCUGCCGCUGAGUGGGAUGCGGCUAGAUGCGGCGAAGCAUUUCUCAACGGCGUUUCAGAGGGAGUUUAUUGAUUGUGUGAGAUGUCAGGCAGGGGAUAGGAAGGUGUUUGUCAUUGGGGAGUAUUGGAGUGGGGAGUUGAGGGCGCUGCUGAGGUAUCUGGAGGAGAUGGAGUAUCGGGUUGCGGUGGUGGAUGUGCCGCUGGUGGAGAGGUUCUCGGGGUUGUCGAGAACCAGGAGGGCGGAUUUGAGGGGGGUGUUGAAGGGGACGUUGAUGGAGGCUAGGCCGGGGAAUGCGUUGACGUUUGUUACGAAUCAUGAUACGCAACCGGGGCAAAUGCUGGAGAACAUAGUCGAACCCUCCUUCAAACCCCUCGCCUACGCCCUAAUCCUCCUCCGCCAAGGAGGCCACCCAUGUGUCUUCUACGGCGACCUCUACGGCAGCUGCGACGGUGGCCAGUUUCCAGUCCCGGCCUGCGAAGGCCAACUCCCGAUUCUCAUUCGUGCGCGCAAAUGGUAUGCUUACGGUGAACAGCAAGACUACUUUGACCAGCCCAACUGCAUUGGUUUCAUCCGCUACGGCAACGCCGCUCACCCCUCCGGGCUGGCCUGCGUCAUGAGCAACGGCGGACCAGCCACGAAGCGCAUGUACGUGGGUCGGAAACAUGCCGGCGAGAAGUGGACGGAUCUGCUGCAGCGAGACGAUGAUCACCCGUCUGUCACGGUAAUUGAUGAGAUGGGGUACGGGGAGUUUCCGGUCCAGGGGAUGAGGGUGGGUGUUUGGGUGGAUAGUGCGGCGGAUGGCCGAGGAUGUAUGAAGGAGCCUUUUGACGUCGAUAUCUAUGGUAGUCAAGCAUGCUAG